UAUCUCCUAAAUCAUUAAUGUUGACUUAAACACUCACCCCAAUUCAACCAUUACGCAAAUGAUCAGAGCAGUAACUGUUCAUCUUCUCUUUCAAAUUUGCGAUUUUAAUAUGUUAAAAAAAACAAAACUUUUGAUGGAAUUAAUCAAUUUGUGGAUAUUAUUUGGCGUUAUUUUGUAAUUGCACACAAAUUCUAUCUGACAUAGUCAAUUUGCGGGAGUAUUUUUUGAUCGAUUUUUAGGGUUAAUUUUUGGGAAUUGCCGUGAAAAUUGGUAUUCGCGACUGAAGAUCAAUUGUUCGAGGCAACUUUGAGGUAAAGUUAUAAACUUUGAACCUUGUGUUAGUAAUUGUAGCCAUAUAUGCUUAUUAGGUCGACUUAGUACUCUGUUUUUGUAUGCAUCAUUUAUGUACUGGUUUUAUUUGGCUUUUUGCAUUGUAUUGCUAUUGUUCUUGUUUUUUAAUUUUGGAGAUGAUUUGCAUAUCUAAAAUGACUUGUAUUUGUAUGUUUUAUUUGUUAGUGCAGAAUGGAUCCAAUUGUGUUAAAGUUUCAGAGUGUUGUACAUGUGGUUGAUGUUGCAAUUGAUGAUGUAGACAAAGUUAUGUGGAUUGACUUAAUUAUAGAGUAUGAAGAAUUGUUUAGGAAGAACCGUUACAUGAUGCCUAAACACCCUACUUUUAAUUACUGCUAUAAUAAGAAACAUAUCCCUAUAAUGAGUGAUAGUGAUUUAAUGUCAAUGUUAGAAAGGUUAGGAAGCAAAAAGGUGAUCAUAGUUUAUGUGGGAUCAGGGAGUGAACCUUCUGAUUGUGUUGUAGCUGCUAGGAAUCUGACAGAAAGUUAAAAGAAAAAUACACACAUACAUUUUGGAGUUGAACCACCUAAGUCUAACAACAAAGAAAUAGAUGAUAUGUCUAGUCAAAAUGAUGAAGAGUGGACUGAACAAAAUGAUAUUUUGUUAGAUAUGCAUGAUGUUAUAUUAGAUAACUUGGCAAGAGUAGAGGAAGAAGAAGAACAAGGAAGGAGUCAUUUAAAGAAGAAUAAAGGUAAAGAGGGGGCUAGUGUGUCAAAACCUAGGGCUAAGAGGUUGAAAGUUACGAGAAAACUCCCACCAAAUGAACCAGUAACCCUUGCUGCCACAACUACCUUCUCAAAUGCUCCAGUAGUUGACACACCAAACCUGUAUACAACAUCUUCUCACAGUAAUUCAUUACUUCUUCAUAAGAUUCCUAAGAGUACAGCUGCCAGGAGAGGUUUGCUUAAUACUUCUCAUCAAAUUGAAGCACAAGUGAUAACUGAAAAGGAGCAUGGAGAAAGUAGCAUGCAAUUUUCUGCAGAUAAUGAAGGUCCUGGUGGUGUUAGGAAUGAAAUUCAUGAUGUGUUAGAAAGGGAACAUGGUAGUGAUGAAGUUCAUGAUGUGUUAGAAAGGGAACAUGGUAGUGAUGAAGGAGAUGGUUGGUUUGGGGAGAUUAAUGACAAUUAUGAUCCUUAUCUGUCUGACAAGUGGGAGAGUGAACUAGUUGAUGAUGACAAUUAUUUCAGCAAAAUGUAUAAGAAUGGGGAAUUUGCUGAUGCUACAGAAUUUGGAAGCAUUGUGUUGAAACCAUGGAUGAUCUUUAAUGACAAAUCACACUUUAUUUUUGUACUUAGAGAUUACUAUAUCCAAUGUGGUUUUGCUUUAGUAGUAGAUAGAUCAAGUCCAACCAGGUUUACUGCUCAAUGCUUAGAGUUGAAUUGUAACUGGAGGAUUCAUUCAAGUGUACUCCCUUAUGGCACUACAUGGGCUGUUAAGAGUAUACAAAACUCUGAGCACACUUGCAGGGGUUUAGAUUAGAGAAAUCCAUUGGUAAAUGUAAAGUGGGCAGCAAGUAAGCUAAUUGAAGAUAUAAGGGCUAACAAUGACAUCACUGGAAAAACAUUGAAUGAUUUACUAUGGAGCAGGUAUGGGGUUCAAAUGGCUACAAGUAUUGUACAAAAUGAGGAGUAUGACACUUAGAGAGAUUAAUGGUGGUCAUGAUGAAUCAUAUGGCCAUCUUCCUAGAUAUUGUGAAAUGGUUAAGCAAACCAAUCCUGGUUCAGCGGCUUUUUGUGCUUGGAAACAAAGAAAUGAUCCACCAAGGUCUCUAGUUUUUUCCAGCAUUUUCAUCUCAUUCAAAGGGGUUAUAGAAGGGCUGGCUGCAGGGUGGAUGGUGCUCAUUUGAAGGGAAAUUAUGGAGGUGUCCUUUUAUCAGCAGUUGCUAUAGAUGGGAAUAAUGAACUCUAUCCCUUUGCAUGGGCUAUAGUUCCAGUUGAAGAUGGAGAAUACUGGAAGUUCUUUAUUUGGCAUUUAAAGAACAUAUUGAAUUAUUGCAACAGAGGAAAUGAAUGGUGCAUUAUAUCUGAUAGACAAAAAGGAAUAGAUCUUGCCUUAACUGAGUUGUGGCCAGAAGUAGGGAGGAGAUAUUGUUGCAAACACUUGGCUAAGAAUUGGAAAACCUCUUUUCCUGGUCCUUUGAUGCAUUCUCUACUCUGGAUAGCAUGUAGUGCUACUUCCCCAUUCACCUUUAGAAAGGCAAUGGAAAGGAUACAAAAGACAAACAAGCUUGCACUGAUAUGGCUAUCUAAACUAGGAGACCAAUCGAGGUGGUCAAAACAUCAAUUUGACCCUAAGAUAUGUAGUGAUGAGAACAAGACUAACUUUGUGGAGAGCUUCAAUGCUACACUAGGGAUUGAAAGAUGCAGACCUGUGUUGACUUUAUUGGAAGCUAUAAGAAGGAUGUGCAUGGUGAGGAUAGCAGCAAGAAGGCAUAAACGUAAAGCUUGGAAUGAAUCACAGCCAUGUCCUAAUAUUGUCAAGAGGAUUCAAAAGCUCAUGCUUGAUUCUAGAUCAUGCAAAGCCUUCGAGAGUAAAGAAGGAGAGUAUGGGAUUAGGGAAGGAAGAUCAAUGCUUCCUGUGUCAUUGAACAAAAAUAGUUGCAUUUGUGGGGCUUGGCAGAUCUCUGGGAUACCCUGUAAGCAUGCAUUAAGAGCAAUAUUGUAUGCAGGACAUGAUCCACACAAUCCACACAGCUAUGUUAGCACAUGGUACUCUGUAGCAGCAUAUAAACAAGCUUAUGGGCCUGCUAUCAACUCAAUCCCAGAUCCUGAACAUUGGCCUCAAAUUGACCAGCCCACCAUUAAUCCUCCCCCAAUGAGAAGAGGCAUUGGAAGGCCAUCUAGACAAAAGAGAAGAGCAGAUGAUGAGCCAGAUAAGGGUAAAAGAUCUAGCACAGUUCAAUGCUCAAAUUGCAAGGCAUAUGGGCAUAAUUUAAAGACAUGCAAGGGUGGUUUGAGUGAAAAAGAGAAAGCAUCACUGGGUUUUGUCAUUGACCAACAUAAGAGACAGAAAAAAAGGUCAUCCAUUUGGUUCCCAGACAACUCAACCAACAGGAUCUCAACCCUCAACAAGCCAACCAACUGGUUCUCAACCCUCAACAACACAAAGAAGGAGAAAGACCAAAUCUCAACCAAGCUCUACAUCUCAACCACUGCAAACUUCAACCAGGAUGCAAACUAUAAGCUCAACCUUGGUUUUUUCUCAGCCACAAGUUGCUGCUCAUUCAUCUCAGGCCACAUACAAAAGUAAAGGCAAAGGGAAACAUAAAGCCUAGAUGUUUUUCAUAUUUGAUUCAUAGUAGUUUUAAGUUAGCUUCAUAUUUUCAUGGAUAUUUGAUUUCAAUUAGUUUUAAGUUGUAAUAAUCUGGUUAAACUCAAGUCUUUUGCUAUACUAAACUGAGUUAUUGGUAAUUUUUUACUAA